AUGACAUUUGUCCUAAUUGUAGACAGCACUGGAAUUAUUGGACUAAACGUUGGUGUGUUCCAUGUGAAAUCCACCGAUUCCAAGAAAAUUUCGACAAGUGGACACCCUAACGUCGAUGCUUUAAUCCAAGAAACUCAACUCAACGCCACUGGAUUUCACGAUUAUUUAGAGUGGAUUCCCUACGAAAUUCUUCAGGAUGUGGAGCCUUUGGCAGAAGGAGGUUUCGCAAAAGUAUAUUCUGCCAUUUGGAUAGACUGCAAGCGACGCUGGAAUCAUCUUGUACGUCAGUCCAAGGAAAUUAAAGUCGCUCUCAAAUGUCCGCAUAAUCAAGAAGAUCUUGGGCAAUUCUUGGGCGAGAUCAGUGCAUUUAUUUCUUGUACAAAAUAUUCCGCGGCGAAUAAUUAUGCUCUGGGCUCUAAUGUCAUGCAAUGCUAUGAUAGUCUCUGA